AAUGCAGCAUUCUGGCAGUGGGAGGGGCUUCAGACAGGAGGUCAUCACAAACAUGGCGUGGAGAGGAUGUGUAAUGAAAUGGGCCCAAACACAGUUUAUCAGAUCCACUAACACAACUUCACGAAGCCCCAGACCGAACCCCUGCAACCAACUGAGGUGCGGUUUCCGUCGGGAAGCCAAAAGGACGGAUUCAAAGAAAGGAAAUGUCACCCAAGAAACAAACGUUUCACCCUCUGAAGCUGGUGCACCAGGUCCCCCGCCUCCUCCCAGAGUGCCCAGGCCGACACUUUUCAAACCGCUGAUGUUCACAGUAGGGUUUACAGGUUGCUCCUUUGGUGCGGCAGCCAUUCUGCAAUAUGAGACACUGAAGUCCAGAGUUCAGUCUGCAAAAGAUGAAGAGGAGGCAGAAAAAUUACUACAGGGGUCCCAGGACAUGACCUACUGGCAUGACUGGUGGAACCAGCUGUCCGGCUUCCAGCAACAGCUCAUCCUCCUGAUGUCCAUGGUGGAUGACUUCUGGAGCAGCCUCACAGAAGGACAAAGGACUGUCACUGGUAUCAUUGCAGUAAAUGCUGUAGUCCUGUGUUGCUGGCGGAUCCCUUCUAUGCAAAGAAGCAUGAUUAAGUACUUUACGUCCAACCCAGCCUCCAAAACACGGUGCAUUCCCAUGGUCCUGUCUUCCUUCAGCCACUACUCCAUUAUCCACAUGAUGGCUAACAUGUAUGUCCUGUGGACAUUUUCUUCAGGAAUUGUCUCCCUCUUAGGGAAGGAGCAGUUUCUUGCUGUCUACCUGUCUGCCGGUGUGAUCUCCACUAUGGUUAGCUACACGUGUAAAACAGUCACUGGACGUCUCCAUCCAUCAUUAGGAGCGUCCGGUGCCGUCAUGGCAGUACUGGCCGCAGUCUGUACAAAAGUGCCAGAAGCCAAACUAGGCAUACUCUUCCUCCCCAUGGUCACUUUCACAGCAGGAAGCGCUCUGAAAGCACUCAUUGCCAUAGACACAGCAGGGCUUAUAGUGGGAUGGCGACUGUUUGACCACGCAGCUCACCUUGGCGGAGCCCUCUUUGGAAUAUGGUAUGUGUCAUAUGGUCACAAACUGAUUUGGAGGAAGAGGGAGCCCCUCGUGAAGAUGUGGCAUGACAUGCGUUCUCCAGGUGCAGGUGGAUCCAGGCCAGGAAGUAGGCCUGGGGUCAGUGGUAGUGAUGGACCUGGACCUGGACCACAAUGACACUUUGCAGGUUCUUUAGGAUCCUUAUUGAAAGAGAGUCCAGGGUGACCUCAGAAUAUGACAGGACACUUUUAUCCACCAAGAGGGAGUCGGAUAUUGUUGUUUAUCUGAAUAGUUUUUUUAUUCAAGGUUAGUAAUGAGCAGAAGCUGAGUUAAUGGUAUGCAGAGACCUGAAUUUUGAAAAACAGGUCAGACUUCACGCCUGGUGUUUCGGUCCAGAUGUUGAAUGCGUAGACAGACAUCUGCUGCCCUACAAGUAACACCUUUUAAGCUACAAAGUGAAAACAUCACUUUCCUACCUCUUAUUAAUCCAAAGAUGUUUAACCUUUAGCCUUUGUGUCAGCUUUUUUCCUGUUCAUAUAAUUGAAAGCAGUUGUAUAACAGACAGAUGAACCAGAAUGCUGAUAAAAUUCAAUGAUCAAUUGCUUAAUUCAAUGUAAUAUACCAUCUUGGGUGCUGGUUUUGCUUUGCUAUUAAAACUGGAGUUUCAGCAGUCA